AUGGGGACAGCAAAGGAGACACCCUUUAGGGUGCUAGUGUGGAUGGCUGUAUGCAUCGGACUUACUACCUCAGACACAGGUUCUGCACAGGUUAAUGUUAUUCCUUCAAUGACCAAAAUACAACUGCCUGCAGCACACAGCGAACAGGUCUGUAGUACAUGGGGUAACUACCAUUUCAAGACGUUUGAUGGACACAUCUUCCAGCUCCCGUCCAGCUGCAACUACGUCCUGGCCUCUCAGUGCAAGAGCAGCUAUGAGGAUUUCAACAUCCAGAUGAGGAGGGAGGUGGAGAACGGCCUCCCAACCAUCAGCAAGGUCACCAUGGUGCUGGAGGGUACCGUGGUGGAGCUGAUGAAGGGCUCUGUCUCCGUAAAUGGAAAACCUGUGAUACUGCCAUUCAGUGAAUCAGGGGUUCUCAUUGAGAAGAGCUCCUCCUACAUCAACAUCAAGGCAAAGCUGGGGCUCUUGGCCAAGUGGAAUGAGGAUGAUGCCUUCAUGGUGGAACUGGACAAGAAAUUUGCGAACCAAACGUGUGGACUGUGUGGAGACUUCGAUGGUGUCCAGACAAAUGAGUUUGUCACAAAUGAGGGUGUGCACAUUUCUGAUCUUGACUAUGGAAGCCUCUGGAAGCUGGAUGGUCCAACUGAAACCUGUACAGAGCCAGUUACACCUGAACCAACCUGCAAAGAUAUGACAUCUGUAUGUGAGCAUCUACUCUCCAGCCUUGCCUUUGAAAGCUGUAAAGCUGUAGUGAACGUCGACUCAUUCAUCAAGGUCUGUGCGAGGGACCUCUGCCUGUGUGCUAACAGCUCUGACUCCUUCUGCCUGUGCGGCACCAUAUCUGAGUACUCACGUCAGUGCAUCCAUGCCGGAGGGAAACCCGGUGAAUGGAGGACAGAGCAGUUCUGCUCAAAAUCAUGCCCCUCCAACAUGGUGCACCAGGAGUGUGGAAGCCAGUGUGUUGACACUUGCUCAAACCCUGACCGAGGACAGUUGUGUGAGGAGCAAUGCAUGGAUGGAUGCUUCUGCCCACCAGGCACUGUGUUUGAUGAUGUCACUGGCAUGGGUUGUAUCAGUUCAACAAAGUGUUCCUGCAGCAACAACGGAAACAUAUACCAACCUGGAGAAUCAUAUUCCAGCAACUGUAAACACUGUACCUGUGGAGGUGGCCAGUGGAGCUGCAUAGAGAAGGACUGCCCAGCAACAUGCUCUGUGGAGGGAGGCUCCCACUUCUUCACCUAUGAUGGGAAAGCCUACACUUUCCAUGGGGACUGCUCCUAUGUCCUCACCAAGCAAUGUAAUGGAACCGACUUCACAGUGAUUGGGGAUCUUGCCAGGUGUGGUUUGACCGACACAGAGACCUGUCUGAAGGCCGUGACGCUGGCCGUUUCUGGAGAUACUGUGAUUAAUAUCCAGCCCAGUGGAAAAGUUUUUGCUAACAGGAUGUACUCACAGUUGCCCCUGUCUACAGCUGGAGUGACAAUUUUUGAAGCAUCCACAUUUUUCAUAAUUGUUCAGACCUCAUUUGGCAUUCAGUUGGAAAUUCAGCUGUCACCAAUCAUGCAGGUGUACAUCACAGCAAGUUCUGAACUCAAGCAAAAGACAUGUGGUAUGUGUGGAAACUUUAACAGCAUUCAGGCAGAUGAUUUCUUGGCGAGGAAUGGAAUUAUUGAGGGAACAGCAUCAGGCUUUGCCAACACCUGGAAAACAAGAGCCAGCUGUCCUGAUGUGAAGAGCAGUUUGGAGAACCCCUGCAGCCUGAGCAUUGACAAUGAGAAGUAUGCCCAGCAGUGGUGCUCCCUGCUCACGGACCCUGAUGGUGUGUUUUCCCCGUGCCACAGUGAGAUCAACCCAGACAUCUACAAAGAGAACUGCAUGUACGACACCUGCAACUGUGAGAAGAGUGAGGACUGCAUGUGCGCUGCCCUCUCCUCCUAUGCACAUGCAUGUGCAGCGAAAGGCAUCCAGCUGAACGGGUGGAGAGACACGACCUGCAAGAAAUAUGCCACCAACUGCCCGAGCAACAUGGUGUAUGUCUACAGCAUACAAAACAGUGACCGCUCAUGCCGUUGCUACAGUGAUCCUGACUUCACCUGCUCAGUUACUUUUGCACCUGUGGAUGGAUGCAUCUGUGAUGAGGGAACAUAUCUGGAUGAAGGGGGGAAAUGUGUUGCACCAGCCAGCUGCUCCUGCUACUACAAGGGCCAGGUGAUUCCUCCAGGGGAGGUUAUCAGCAAGGACGGGGCCACAUGCACAUGCAAAGCUGGCAAACUCAGUUGCAUGGGAGAACCUACAGAUCUUACUACAUGCCCAGCACCCAUGGUGUAUUUCAACUGCUCCAAUGCUGGCACGGGAGCCAAAGGUGCUGAGUGUCAGAGGAGUUGCAAAACCCUGCACAUGCCCUGUAUCAGCGCUGAGUGUGUCUCAGGUUGCAUGUGUCCUUCUGGCCUGGUCUCUGAUGGAGAAGGUGGCUGUGUAAAGGAGGACCAGUGUUCCUGUUACCACAAUGGAGCUCAGUACAAACCUGGGGACAGCAUCAAAGUCGACUGCAAUAAUUGCACUUGCAAUGACACAAACUGGGACUGCACAUCGAAGUUGUGCCAUGGCACCUGUGCCAUCUAUGGAGAUGGACAUUACAUCACUUUUGAUGGGAAUAGAUUCAACUUUGAUGGGAGCUGUGAAUACAUCCUAACUGAGAAUUAUUGUGGACAAGGAAGUACUAAUGGAACCUUCAGAGUCAUCACUGAGAACAUUCCAUGUGGAACCACAGGAGCAACAUGUUCCAAAGCCAUCAAAUUGUUUUUGGGGAGCAAUGAGUUGAUACUGACAGAGGGAAGUUACCAAGUCGUUGAGAGAAAUUCAGGAGCAGAGGUGCCCUACCAGAUCCGCACCAUUGGGAUCUACCUUGUGAUUGAAGCUAACAAUGGUCUGAUUCUCAUGUGGGACAGAAGAACAAGUCUGUUCCUCAAGCUGAGUCCAGAGUUUAAGGGUCAAGUUUGUGGUCUUUGUGGAAACUAUGACGGCAACGCUAACAAUGACUUUGGCACAAGAAACCAAGGACAGGUCAUUAAUCCUCUGGAGUUUGGAAAUAGCUGGAAAGAUUCUCCAAGCUGCCCUGAUGCAAAACAGACCCCAAGUCCUUGCACAUCCAACCCUUACAGAAAAUCUUGGGCUCAGAAAAAGUGUAGCAUUAUCAUAAGUGAAGCAUUUACAGCUUGCCAUUUUCAGGUGGAUCCUUCUCCAUUCUACGAUGCUUGCGUGAGUGACUCAUGUGCCUGUGAUAGUGGUGGAGACUGUGAGUGUUUCUGCACUGCAGUGGCAGCUUAUGCAGCAGCCUGUAAUGAAGCUGGAGCCUGUGUAGCCUGGAGAACCCCAAACAUCUGCCCUCUCUUCUGUGAUUACUACAACCCACCUGGUGAGUGUGAGUGGCACUACAAACCCUGUGGAGCUCCAUGCAUGAAGACCUGCAGGAAUCCCACUGGGCAGUGCUCUCAGCAGAUACCAGCGCUAGAGGGUUGCUACCCUCAAUGUCCUGCUGAUGAGCCCUUUUUUGAUGAAGACACCAUGACGUGUGUGCAGAGGGAGAAAUGUGGUUGUUUUGAUAGUGAUGGCAGACACUACAGCAAUGGAGAGAACGUCCCUACCACAACAAACUGUGAAACAUGCCAAUGCAAUUCCACAACCAUCAGCUGCAACUAUGACGCCAAAGCUUGCACCUGUCUAUACCAUACUGAGGUUUACCAAAUUGGUGAACAUAUAUAUAACACGGCUGAUGGAAUAGGUGGCUGCUUCAUAGCUGUUUGUGGAGAGAAUGGGACUAUUAUUCGGUCAAUUUAUCCUUGUUCCACAACCCCAACAACAGUGUUUACCACCACUACUACAGUUUCAACACCUUCCACAACACACCCAACAACAACAACCACCACUACAACAACGACCACAACUACAACACCUACAAGUACAUCAACUCCAUCUCCACCUACACCUACAACUCCAACAUCGACAACAACCUCUUUUCCCGAACCAACACCCUCCACAACCACUACAACAACGACCACAACUACAACACCUACAAGUACAUCAACUCCUUCUACACCUACAACUCCAACACCAACAAGUAUUACUGUACCAACUACAACACCCUGUGAGUGGUCUGACUGGAUUGACCUGGGACCACCUACACCUGGCACUAAUGGAGGAGACUCUGUAUCAAUUUCACAACUCGUUAAUUCUGGACGUAUUGGUUGCACACAGCCAACAGAAGUUGAGUGCAGGGCCAAGAUUACGCUGCGGUGGACCAUGCACAACCACUACCGCUACAACACCUACAAGUACAUCAACUCCAUCUCCACCUACACCUACAACUCCAACAUCGACAACAACCUCUUUUCCCGAACCAACACCCUCCACAACCACUACAACAACGACCACAACUACAACACCUACAAGUACAUCAACUCCCUCUACACCUACAACUCCAACAUCAACAAGUAUUACUGUACCAACUACAACACCCUUACGCUGCGGUGGACCAUGCACAACCACUACCGCUACAACACCUACAAGUACAUCAACUCCAUCUCCACCUACACCUACAACUCCAACAUCGACAACAACCUCUUUUCCCGAACCAACACCCUCCACAACCACUACAACAACGACCACAACUACAACACCUACAAGUACAUCAACUCCCUCUACACCUACAACUCCAACAUCAACAAGUAUUACUGUACCAACUACAACACCCUUACGCUGCGGUGGACCAUGCACAACCACUACCGCUACAACACCUACAAGUACAUCAACUCCAUCUCCACCUACACCUACAACUCCAACAUCGACAACAACCUCUUUUCCCGAACCAACACCCUCCACAACCACUACAACAACGACCACAACUACAACACCUACAAGUACAUCAACUCCCUCUACACCUACAACUCCAACAUCAACAAGUAUUACUGUACCAACUACAACACCCUUACGCUGCGGUGGACCAUGCACAACCACUACCGCUACAACACCUACAAGUGCAUCAACUCCCUCUACACCUGCACCUCCAACAUCAACAACAACCUCCACAACAACUCCAACGACACCGCCAACUUCAAUAACUACAUCAAGUACAAGUAA